GCGCAGAGGCGCGUCUCCGACGAGAGCCGAUUGCUGGAACAGCUAGGAAGAGAGGAGGGGGCCGGGUAGCGUUUGAGAACACCAGCCUUUAAUAGGCCAAUCCUAGGCAUCUCUCUACUCGGAACAUGUAGUUUCCUUCUGACCAGAUCUCCAAGAGGGCCAGCUUCUCCUCACUCUACCUUCUGGUGAGCUGCUGCUACCUCCUCCUCCAGAGAGGCCAUCUUGGCACGGAGCAUCUCCUCAAUGCCCUUGUUAUCCAUGGCCUUGGUAGCAAAGACAUGCGACACUCCAGUUUGAAGCAUGAUGAAAGAUGUUACACGGAUGGCGUUCAGCUUCUUUAUCUGAGCUUCUAAGUGGUCAUUUUCUCUUGGUGUCCCUGCUGUUAAAAUCCUUAUGCCUGCACUAUCGCCUACAAUGGAAGAAGGAAACAUAGUCAAGUGGCUAAAGAAGGAAGGAGAGGCGGUGAAUGUUGGAGAUGCAUUGUGUGAGAUUGAAACGGACAAAGCAGUGGUUACCAUGGAGUCAAGUGAUGAUGGUAUAUUGGCUAAAAUAAUGUCUGAAGAGGGAAGUAAAAAUGUGCGUCUGGGUACACUCAUUGGCUUGCUGGUAGAAGAAGGACAAGACUGGAAACAAGUUGAAAUACCAACUGACACAGGGGAUGCACCUUCCUUGUCUGUGCCAGCAGCAGCAGCAACUGCUCUUUCUCUCACACUGGUGCCUAAAAUUGCUGAAGAUCACCCUGGAAAACUACAGUUUCGUUUAAGUCCUGCUGCUCGCAUUAUUCUGGAGACUCAUGGACUUGAUGCAAGCCAUAGCACUCCCUCAGGCCCUCGGGGAAUCUUCACUAAAGAGGAUGCCCUUAAACUUUUAGAGCAGAAACAGAAGGGGAAACCCAUGGCAACAAAACCAUCCGCUUUACCUCUACAGCCUACUGCAGUGCCUUCAGCCCCAGCAUCAAGCAUGCCUCCUCCUGCUCCCCGUCCUCCAGCUCCACCUGUUUCUGUAUCAGGACGACCUCCUUCUGUGGGCACAUUCACCGAAGUCCCUGCUAGCAACAUUAGAAGAGUUAUCGCUAAGAGAUUAACAGAAUCUAAAAUGACAGUACCUCAUGCAUAUGCAACUGCUGAUUGUGACCUUGGUGCUGUUCUAAAGCUAAGGCAAGAGCUGGCAAAAGAUGAUAUUAAAGUAUCAGUAAAUGACUUUAUUAUCAAGGCGGCAGCAGUUACCCUCAAACAAAUGCCAGAUGUGAAUGUGACCUGGGAUGGAGAAGGCCCCCGGCAUCUGCAAUCUAUAGACAUCUCUAUUGCUGUGGCAACAGACCGAGGUCUCAUUACACCGAUCAUAAAGGAUGCUGCGGCCAAGGGAGUUCAGGAAAUUGCUGCUUCUGCAAAGGCCCUAGCAAAGAAAGCAAGAGAUGGAAAGCUGCUACCAGAAGAAUAUCAAGGAGGAUCUUUUAGCAUUUCAAAUCUAGGCAUGUUUGGCAUCAGUAGCUUCAUUGCUGUCAUAAACCCUCCUCAGGCCUGCAUCUUAGCUGUGGGACGAGCGCGGGCGGAACUCAUGAUUGCAGUGGAUGAGAAUGGGAAUGAGAAACUUCAGCCUCAGCAGCUCAUGACGGUGACACUGUCAAGCGAUGGCCGUGUGGUAGAUGAUGAACUGGCUUCAAAAUUUCUGGAGAGCCUUAAAGCUAACAUGGAGAAUCCAGCCCGUCUUGCCUUGUAUUGAAAUGGUCAAUAUUUGGUUUUCAUCACUGCAAAACUAUGGGAAUUCAACUUCAAAAGGAAGUAAAAGAAAACCAGGUAGAAAAAUAAGAAGAUAAAUGCUUAGCAUAAGAUGGACCAUUAAACUAUGUAUUUAUUUGAAUUAACAUGAAAGACUUCUAGAGAUCCAAGUUUCCAUCUUUUGGCUUAUAUAUGAUGAUAUACUGUUAAAUGCAGUCUGUCAGAUUCCAGAUGUCCAUGAGCAGUUGCACAAUGUGCUCUAAUGUGGCCAGCUCUUAGGUUGUCAGAUGUGAAUAUUUAGCAAAAGAUGAAUGGAUAUAUCUGUGUGAAAAGGAAUGAAACCACCCUUUCCUUCAGAGCUAAAUGUUGGUCAGAAUAAGGAAACCAGAAGACAUAUUCAAGCAAAAUGACUUUAUAAAUUCAGUUGACCUUAGAAGGUGGCAUGUAAUUGGUCUGUUUCAACAGGAUUGCUGUUUAAUAGCAAAAGAAAGAAUGAGGCUGUUCUCACGAGCAGUCUAGCCCAGGCUGCCUGUGUGGAGCGCUGGGAUCUGCAGAGAUUCUGGUGCUCCCACCCAGCCUAACCUCACUUAUUGCCCAGCGAGCGCUCCCUUAACCCAACUGCCAGGAUCGUACGUCUCAGAGACACAGAGACAGGAGACUCUCCCAAGGCACCGUGCUCAUUGCACGAUGCCUUGUGGGAUAUCCAGAGGCUGGGGAAAUGAAUCCCAGACUUUGUUGAUCUAUGCUGACAGGAGUAGCACCGAUAGUGAUCUGUGCUGCUUCUCAGCAGUGCAGAUCAUGUGGCUGUGUGGCUCGCGCACCAAAGACACAAAGAUUGAUAAUCUGAGCGAAGGUAGGUUGGAGGCUGCCCCCCACCCCACCCCUAUUGGUUGUGUGAAUGACCUCAAUAUGUUACAUUGGGGCGGGGGGGGGGCGGGAUUCCAGCUAGAACCAGGUUUUGUCAACUGAGAAUCCUCAGAACUUUCCUAGGAAUUCUGUGUGUUGGUUCUCUGCACACCAUGAAUGUAAAGGCUUCAGUGAUAAUGAUGUGACAUGAUGGUUAUGAGUACUAAACUUUAUAGAGGGGCAGUACUAAAUUAUAUAGCAAAUUGGCGAAAUAUCCACAAAGAUUGAACAAUUAAUCCCUGGAGCUGAUUUAAACAUGUAUGAAAUUAAAAACAAUGAAUUUAAGUUCUGUUCUUACUGUAGCAUUCUUAAUGUUGCCUACAUGUACUUUCUUAGUAUCUUUAUCAUUCGUCUGUAGUUACAAUUGUAUUCACAGUUAUGCCAGUGUCAAUCUCUUUCAAACUCAUUGGGACUUAAGCACAUAUUCUAGGUGCAAAAUUUCAAACGUUAUUACUUAGGACAACAGUUUCAUAACACAUGUAUUUACAGAAGCUGGUUUCUUUGAAAAUGAAAUCUGUGUCCUUGUCUGAAUUGCCUUUCUCACUUUUCCUGUGGAGUAAUUCAAACAGGGGCAGACGAAGAGAGAAAUGAGACUUUAAUUUCAAAAUAUGCACUUCAUUAGUAUGUCCAUUGUACACAGUGGUAUAAGCUAGUCCUUGAAUUAUAUAGAUAUUCUGGUAUGGAAUCAGGGUGGACAGAGAAGUUGUGUGUUUGGAUUUUCACAAUAAAAUCCUAAUCGUUCUAAUUGGUUUACAUUUAUGAAGUAUUUGAACCGUUAUGAAGUACUUGAAUUUUGGCACAAAUUAUACUUGUUAAGUGUUAAACAUAUCUUGUUUUUUAAAUUAGGGCUCCCUCUUGCACAACAAAAUUUCCAACAUGGUAGAAAUUCCAUGCACCUCAAAUAUAAUUUGUUUCAUAUGAUGACUAUUCAUGUGUGUUGCUUCCAUAUACACAUAACAAAUGACUUAUAGGAUUCAUGCAGUUUACUUCACAGAAGUGACUUCUAUGCCAGAAUUUCAACUUGUAUGAAAUGGCUCUUAUGAAAAAAUAACCAUAGUAACAAUUAGCCCUACAUAUGUAUAGUAUAUGGCCCAUUAACUUAUUCUUCUUCUUAAAAACAAACAAACGGCUGCCACUGUCACACAGUUCACUGCUGUUAUAUGUGAAGCCCAUAUGGAGGUUCCUCUGUGUGACCCCAGCCAGGUUGCCAUCUCACUGAUGGCCCUUGCACACUCCUACAGCCAAUUGUAUGGGAAUCGCCGGCCCUAUCAAUCAACCCACAGUCACUGUAGUUUUGCAUCGUUUUCUGAAAUGUUGAAUGCUGUCAUAAAUUGAGGAAUGAACAUAUCCUAUAUAAUAAAAGCCUAGACCGUGAUCCUGUGUGCCCGUGUCUUUUUGGGCUGUUCUGGGCAUACGCGGAGCGCAUGUGCAGAUCGGCCCAAAAAGGUGCGGGCGGCCAUGUUGAACCAGGCCGCCAGAGAAGAGGAGUGCGGGCCGAGGUGGCGGUGGCUGCGGCGGGGCGAUUGGCCUUGAUGGCGGCGGCCGCCGCCACAGGGAGACUGGGAGGAGCAGAAGCGGCGGGCGGAGAGUGCGGCCGAGGCGGCGGCGGAGCCGCGGCCGAGGCCAAAGGUGGUGGGCCAAGGAGUGCGGGCCGAGGUGGGGGUGGCUGCAGCGGGGCGACUGGCCUCGAUGGCGGCCGCCGCCGCCACGGCGAAAAGGCCAGGAGGAGCAGAAGCGGCGGGCGGAGAGUGCGGCCGAAGUGGCGGCAGAGCCGCCGCCUCGGCCGAAGUUGGCAGGCCGAGGAGUGCGCCCAAGGCGGGUGAGGCGGCAGCGGGCAAACCCCCCCCCCCACUAGAGCCCGUUAUUACAACAGGCUAACACAUACUAGUUGUACAUAAAUAGCUACUUUCAUAUAUUUAUCAUCUCGCUUUCUUCAAUCUACGUACAGAAAAUCUGUAAAAUGUUAGGAUUUCUGAACUGGGCCUGAAGGAUAAAAUAUCCUACAACUGAAAGUAGGAUAUAAUGUUAACCAAGGGGCUUGUCAUGUUAGUAGUUCAAGAGAAACAGGCACAAUGAAGCAUGAGGCGAGUGCCCCAAAAAUUGUGGCCUCACAAUUGUAUCCAGAAAUCUGAGCCCUAUCCCGUUACAACCUCAUCACAGAAAUCAAGUGUGUCAUAUCUCAGUGUUGUUUGACUGUAGAGUUCUGUCUGAAACUAACUAAUCCUGCUGCAGGGAAUUGGAGCUCAAAUGCAAGUUAGAAACCUGCUGCAAGCAUCCACUGUCCAGAAAUUCUAAGUUUCCAAAGCAAAUGUAUGCAAAAUGCUGACUAUAUGCUAAAAGGGCUCAGUGCUGACUUGAAUAAUAUUUAGAUUUCCAUCAGACAUGUGUUGUUGUGUUUAAAUAAGUGUACAGGUUCUGGUAAAUUGCAUGAUCUUGUAGGUGCAAGUUAUAGAAGUUCAUGUGUUUCAUGGUCAACCAUAAAGUUGGAGGGAUGGAGAUGCUAGUGCAGAUUUUCCACAUGCUUCAGACCAGUAGAAACUGCCCCUUCUCCAUGAAAAGAAACUUCCUAUUGAACUGCAUUUUUUCCAGACAUGACCCCAAACAGACUGAAGUUAGAUGAACGCCAGUCUGCUUGAACCAAGACAUCUUUCUCUCUCUAAGCACAACGAAGUUUUGCUUCAAGCAGACUGGUGUUCAUCUGACUUCUGUGGAGAGUAGUUAUGGGGAAAGGGUCCAUUAGCUUAAUAUGCAACAAUGAAUUAUCCAAGAAAAUACAGGCAUUUCCCUGACACAGGACAUACUUUCCCCAGAAAAGACAUAUUGUAGGGGAGAGUCCAUGGAGUUCUGGCUCACAUGGAUUUAUCUGCAGGUCUGCCACUUCUGUGCCAGCAGGCUGAAAUUAAUGAGCUCAAGUAAGAAGCUGGCAAAGCUUGCUAACUACAUCUGGUUUAUAUUCAGAACUACUAUUUCCUGAUUGAAAAUAUUAAGAUAUGAGAUACUACAAAAACCAUUUCCCAUGGUUAAAUGUACAACAAACUUGUUUAAAUAAAAUGAGUUCUAAAACAA